AUGGAGGCUUUACUCGGCAACAACCAAUACCAUGUCUUCAUCACGAUUGCUUAUGCACCUUCCCACUCGCGGAGACGGGAGAUUGUGGAGGCUGAACUUCCAGUGAAAACCCUGAAGGAGCGCUGGCCAGCCCUUUUUACAGAAAGACAAGUGUUUGCUGAGUUCAACAGGAUAGCUGCGACUAACUUGAAUAGUGACUUUUUUGGUGCUAUUGACCGCUACACACCACGCUUUCUUGCAAUUUUCAAGUCCAAGAAAGGAAGUGUUGGAGAGAAACUGGCUGAAAUUGUGCAACAAAUUGAUUCAAGGAAACCAGAUGUGACAGCAGUGCGUACCCUUGUUCUCCAAGGCAUCUCUGUUCUGCUUGGUGAUGACUCCAGUACAUUCUACAGCACCUGCUUUGAUUCUGACAGUAAUGAGGCCUGGGCUCAGGUAUCUGUAGGGUUGUUGACUGUCAUCAGUGAAGAUGCGCCCCUCUCUCCAAAUCAUCUCCAUCUUGACCCGGUGUCUACUGCCAUCAUUCUGGAAGGAGGUAUUGUAAUGGACAAUCUCGAGAACCUACCUCAAGCACUUUGCCUCUUGUUUGGACUCUCAUAUGCGCUACACUUGGACUACCCAAAACCAAUGAAAAACACAUUUGGUUUUAUUCAACGAGUGAUGCUUGGCCUGGGAGAGAACAAACUCCCCCCCAAACUUCAAAGUCUUAAAAAUCUCCUGUUGAGUUAGAAUGGUAAAAUUCAAGAGUGACAUUUGGCAUACAAUCUCAUUUGUUUAUGAAAGUGGGUCCAGUUGCUUUUAAUUGUUAAAGGAACACGCCGACUUUUUGGGACUUUAGCUUAUUCACCGUAUCCCCCAGAGUUAGAUAAGUCCAUAGAUACCCUUUUCAUCUCUGUGCGUCCCGUAACUCUGUCUGAUGCACACACCGCUAGCCUAGCUUAGCACAAAGACUGGAAGUAAAUGGCUUCAGCUAGCAUACUGCUCCCAAUAAAUCACAACAUAACGCCAACAUUUUCCAAUUUAAAUGUUGUGAUUUGUAUAGUCAAAUCACAAUUUGUA